AUGGCUUUAGCAAAACUUGUUCCAGAGAAGUAUAUACAGAAGUUGAACAGUUUAUCUAGCAAACUUAUUAAUGUUGAAAAAAAGUUACAGAGCAGUGGUUUGGUACCAAAAGCUCAUUUUUUCAGCAUACGAGAAGUUGUUGACUUAUCUCCUAUGAAAAUGCUUUCGAUGAUAGCUGAUAUUUUGCUAAAGAAACCUGGCCCAAUUCUGGUUAUUCUCAAUCAACUUGUAUCAAUGUUUCCUGCCUUCAUAAUGGACGAAUCUUCUCUAGCUAAAAUAAUUGAAAUUCUAAUGUGUGCAAUUCGUAUAUCUUCUCAAGAAAUAAGGAAUAUAAAUAACAAAAGAGAAGAUUCUGAAGAAAUAUCUGAAGAACCUGCUGUUUUAUCGCUGGAUAUUUUCAUUAAACUGGUUACAACUUUAUCUAGUUAUGGUUCAAAGUUCAAUGAUCUUCCUAGAUUAUUACUCCAACUUUUUGAUCUACUUAGAGCUUUUCCAACUACAUUAGCACAUUCAGAAGCUCGUUUACGUGCAUGGUGGCAUUUUAUCUGUUGUUUAAAUCCAGAUUUACUUAGUGAUGGUUUUAGAAAGUUUUUAUCCCCGUUUCUGGCAAAUCUUUUGGGACGUUACUUGAGCAUUAGUACUCCUCAAGGAGAUCCUCAACUUCAUCCAUACAAACUUAGUCAAGGAAAUGUUUAUGAAGGAAAUGUAAAAGCAUUAGAACUUGUUCAGCAUGUAUAUAGUUGUUUUUUCAAUGAGUCAUCAGUUACAUUUCACCAGUUAAACAUUCCCCGCUUAUCCGUCAGUAAUAAACUAUUAGCUCAAAACAGUUAUCCACUAAUGGUUGGCCUGUUAUACUGGAUACGUAGUGUUUGCAAAUAUCGUUGCUCAUCAUCUCAGGAAAAGUUGAAAAUUCCUCCUCAUUGUUUACCUUCUGAAAGUGUUGAUAUAAUUUGGUGUGGUUGUGUAAAUUAUUUACUUAAAAUAUCAAAAUCACUUCAAGAGUCGCUAACACAUAAAAAGGUUACUCCAUUUCAAUCCCCAUCACUCACUGUUCGUGUUUCGAAUUCAAGCUCAGCAUUUUUAACUGUUUGGCAACACGUUGUGACUGUAACUUGUGAAUUGAUUCAAGCUCAUCACUCGCUUACAUCUGAUCUGGACACAACAGAGCAUUGUCCGUCUCCAUCAGAAAGCUUGAACAUAACUCAAAACCUUAUUCAGUUGUUAGAAGAAAUCAAACUUCCAGAUAAAGAAAAGAUUGAUUUAAUAUCAACUCUAUGUAUAAAAUUUACAGAACUUGGAGGUUUCUGGCUAAAAGAAAAGUCAACACAUAAAAAUUGUCAUGUUUCUAAAGAUGAUUUUCAUCGUUGGAGUACUCAAAUUAUUCGCUUAAUUGAUAUGGAGCCUCGCUUAAACUUGUCCAAUAAAUCGAUUACAAUGAAUAUUUUACGUUUAACUGGAGAACUCAAUUUUAUCAAUUUGAUCCGUUCACUUUUAAAUGCAAUAUUAUCAGAUUUUGUAGAAUUCAUAUCAACCAAUGCUUCUUCACAGUCAAGUUUAUAUGAUGAUUCAACUCAACUUUCUCUUUCAAAUUGUCCUCCAGUUCAUUUUUCUCCUGAUGCCCUACGUGUAUGGUCAGUGUUGAUUGACCGACUAACUCAGUUUAUUUUAAAUGAGCAUCAAGUAUCUGAGAAUCAGUCAUCUACAAAUAUCGACUUGAGUACUGUUGAAUCUGCACUACUAAUGCCAUUCUGGUUGGCUGGGGCUUCACGUCUAAACACAGUCGACGGUAAUAAUGAUAGUUCAUCUAAUACUUCUGAGUACCUUUCACUGAAAGAUAAUUUGGCUAUAUCAUUACGUCAGUCUAAUUUAUUUCAUGCAUUUCAUCAGGAAUGUUGUUUAUUGACAACAGUUCCGACAAAUGCUUGGAUUAAUCAACUAUCUAUCAAACUAUCCACACUUAUUUCCAAUUAUGCACCAAAGGUGAUUGAAAAUGUUAAUUUACAUUUAAUUAGUCGCUUUGUGUAUUGUUUAUCUCAAAGUGCAGAAAUUUCUGAGGAAAGGGGUAAUAAGAAAGAUGCAUAUUAUACAUUUGCUUCAGUAAAAAUUGAUGCUCAGCCUCUUGGUCAACUUACUGGAUUGGUUAGCUUGCUGAAUUCAUUACUGUUAUAUAUACCAUGGCUUCAUCCUCCAACACAAAGUGAAAAUGAUGAUUCAACUCCCUGCUAUUUAAGCACCCAGGAAUCAGCUACUCAAUGGUUGACAUCUCCUCCUAUUAUAUCCAUUCGUUCUCGAACAAAUCAGUUGGUUGAUGAGAAGUCUGCCAAUGGUGUUCGUUCCAUAAAUAGACCUGCAAACAGUAAUCAAGUCUCUUAUGGUUUGUUUGAUGCUUUAGAGACAGUUGUAUAUCUUCUUAAUAAUCAUUUUCAUGGUACACAUUCUGUAUUAUCAAUGUUUUCCACAUUGGAGUCAAGUUUAACUCGUUUGGUUGAUUGUUGUGUAAAAGCUGAAAAAGCUGUAAUUGAAGCAGGAACCGAUUUAGAUGAACCACUUUUAAUUACUCAACAUAGACAACAAGCUAAAUUAGCACUGGAGGAAGUAUUUAUAUGCAUUUGGAAACAGAUGAAAAUUGUCCCGCCUAAUGUAUCCAUCAUUAAUCCAUUGUCCAUGUUGCAUACAAUUUCGAAAAAACAAGAUCUCAAAACUUCGGUUACCACUCCUUUGUCUAAUUCGGUAAUAUCUGAUGCCAUUCAUUUGAUUGCUCAAUAUGAAGCUUUACUCAGUUUAUCAUUCUCAUUGUGUGGUUACAAUGUGAAACUAAAUCAAAAAUCUUGUGAAUGUGAACUUCAAUCGUCUGUUACUUUUAUUACUUGGUUCAUCGGUUUUUGGAAUCAUUUAGUCGAUCAGUAUUGUAUCAAUCAAGUUAAAACUGAUUCGUCGAAAUUUUUAAAUUUUCGUGAAUUUUUAAUUAAUUUGGAAGCUGAAUUUCAAAAAAUUAUUACACGAACAUUAAAUUCAAAUAUGCAACAAUGUACUGACUUGAAUUCCAAUGAAAAAAUCACCUCGAGGCGUAAAUCUAUUCCUCAUAAAACUCCUAAAUCAGAACCAAUUAAACGUCGGUCUCGUCUGUCGAAAAGACUGUCAUCUUCUUCAUCUGCUCAAUCACCAGUAAUUUCUAAAAGUUUAAAGUUAAAAAUAGAAGAAAAUUCUCCAACUAAUUCAUUGAUAACUGUUACUCCACGUUCUGAAAAAAAAUCAUCGCAUACUAAAGAUAAAUUGAAGCUAGAGAAGUCUCGGAAAUCCAAUACAAAUGUAGGUGAAUCAUUCUCAGAUAAUAAUGUUUCAGAGAAAAAUGACCUUCAAAGACUUUCACCUAACGCUUCUCCUAUACGACCUCGUCGAGGGCGUCUUUCAUUGAUCAAAGAUAUCAGUCCGAUUGAAAAAGUAACUACACCUGUUCAACAAUCAUUCGAACAAUCAGAAAAUAUUACUCAAUCAGCUCCAUCUAAUUUUUCAUCUAAACGUGGUCGUGGUAGAAAAAGUAUUAAUCUUUUUCCUGUUUCUCCUAAACCAUCACCUGCAAGUGGUAUUAUUUCUGAUGCUUUUGGAAUCCCACCUGGUACAAGUCUUAUAAAUGAUGAAGCCGAUAAUCAUAAUUGGUCUCCUUCAGCAACAUCUCCUGGUCCACUUCCAAGUCGUCCAUUGGUUAAACGCCGUUUAUUCGGUGGACCACAAGAAAUACCAGAAACAGAUAAUAAAUCAAACAAUUCUAAUCGGUUGUCAUUACAACCAACACGGAAACGACGUUUCUCAGACUCAGAACAAAAUGCCGCAAAUUCUUCUAAGGCUGUAACUAUUUCAACCUGUGGUGAAGAUACUUGUGAUUUUAUUUUUGUUCCACCUCAAUCAGAAAGUGUAAAAAAACGACGCACCUGUUUAACUACUCAUCAAAAGGAACGUUUCAAAGAACAAUUAAGGGAAUAUAUACCUACUAUGUACAAUGAAUUAGAUAUUAGUCAACAAUCAUGGUCUAAUCUAAGUGGUGGAGGUGGUGGUAGUGACUCUCAAUCUCAAAUUGACUUAAGUCUUCAAUCAUCUUCUAUUAAUAAAGAUUGUUUAGAGGUAUCUGAAACACCAAUGUCACCUGAUUUUCAAGCAAAACCAACUGCCACAAAGGAGCCAUUAAACAACGAAAAGAAUGAACUUGAAAAUGUUACUAUUGAAAAUCUCAAUAGUUCACUUUGCAAUGAAUCUGAAUGUAUACCUGUCAAAGUUGUUUUAUCUCCAUCGGUUGAUUCACCAAUCAGUAAAAAUGAUUCUGAUUUGAAGAAUGACUCUGAAAUAAUCAUAAUUGAAGAUACUGAAACAACUAAUACAGAAUGUGAAUUAGAUGGUGUUGAUGAAAUCGCAUCCAAAUCGACUACAUCUGAUUUACCUGAUAAAACAGACUUAAAUCAAUCGAAUGAAUCGUUUAAUAUACCUUCGACAACUUUAUCUAAAUCACUUCUCAAAGAUGAUGAUAAUAAUAAUAAUAAUGAUGAUGAUGGUAAAGUGUCACCUCCGACUAUCACUGUAACUAUUCCACCAAUUUUAACUACACGUUCAACUAAUCACACAUUGUCUAGUCCAUUAAUGAGAGGAUCGAGUCGUGCUCAAAAGAUGCUUGCAUUAGGUUUACAGAAAGCCGCUGAACAGACUGCACGUCAGAGAUCAUCUUCCGGAGAUCAUAACAUUGGUAGUCUGUCUUCAGAUAACAGUCCUACCAUGACAGAACGGAAAUCAACGUUAAAUUCACUGGCUUCACCAUCUCGUUCGACAUUCACUCCUUCAGUAAAUGAUUCUCCAUCCGGAAUUAUAAGAAAUUUAUGGUCAAAGAAAAAAUCUCAACGUGUAUCGUUUGUUGAGCAACCAGUAGUUUAUACAAUUGAAUCGAUACAUUCAAUGGAACAAGAAUCUGAUGAAGAUUACAAUCGUCAUCAUGAUCAAAUUAACUUCAGUACAAAUAAGAAGAGAAUCCUGUUCACUGAUGAUGAUGAUGACGACGAUAAUAAUAAUAAUAAUAAUAAUAAUAAUAAUAAUGGUAAUCAUAAUAAAUAUGAAGAAUUUAAUAAUUUAACUGAUAAUAAAUCUGACGAACUAGUAAUGAACAGCCAUAUUCGAAAAUUAAAUGAAUCCAAUGAAAAUAAUGAGCAGACUGGAUUAAACGGAAUACGUAUGUCAGAAAUACGAACUUCUAUCACACCUGAACAAAUUUCUGUUGAUCUAGAUGUUUCUCAGGAUUCAUCACAAUCUGUAUUAUCAAUAACCACAGAAUGUGUUAAAGAAAUAACGCCAAGUACAAUGUCAAAUGAUAAUUCUGAAUCACAUGCUCAUCAUCGUCGUAAAUCAGCUUCUCCUCAACGACGGGAAUUACCAGUUAGAAAAGUUUUUCCCAUAUGUCAAAAUUCUAAUCAAUUAUCAAAAUCAUCAAAAGGUAGACCGUUAUUCAUGGAGCCUGUACAUCAGACAGAAGUGAUUUCUCAAGAUUCAAAGAUAAGUGAAUCAAUAGAAUCAAAAAAUAUAGAUCCAGAAGAAAAUGUCCUUGUAAUAGACAGUGAAUCAACUUCGAUAGUAGAUACUCAAUUAGAAGAAAGUGCACUUCAGAUAAAUAAUAUUGACGAUAAUCCUACCAAUGCUAUUGAACAAACACAAGAGGAUGAGAUUGUUACUACUGGUGGUGGUGAUAUUGAUGAUGAAUGUAUUCUAAUAGAAGGGAGUCAAACUGGUAGUCAGAUCAAUAAUAGUGAGGAACAGUUGAUUUCUUCAAUAAAUAGUUCAAUGAAUCAGUAUAACUUCUCACCAAUCAAUGUAGAAGAAACUCAAGAAGUGAAUAAUAAUGGUAUAAAGGAUGAUACAAGUUCAAGCUUCCAAACGAUUGACAAUUUAACAAAUAAUAAUGACACUGAUCGAAAACAUUUAUUACCUACUAGUCCCAUUGGGUCUAAUGAAACUAUUGAUCAACAGACUGUUAAACUCUCGACAUCACCUGAUUUUACCAACAAUAAUAAUGCUGAAAUGAAUAGGAACAGUGAAGUGAUGCGGGAGACAAAGAACAAUAUUGAUGCUGAUGAUAAUAAAGAGAAUCAACCAGAAUCAGUCACGGUGAGUGGUAGUAGUAGUAGUAGUAGUAAUACAACAGAAAAUGAUGUAGAAAAAGAUAUUCUAAAUAAAUUAUCACAAAUUGCAAAUAGUUUGCCUAUAUUACGACCAGAACAACGACAUGCAGUUCUAUUAGAAGCUCUUAGUACAUUUAAAUCAAUUAUGCCAUGAAGAUGAAACAGUUUUUAAACAAUUUAAGGGAUAAAAACUACACAUUCA